GUUAAUUAAAGUUUAAUUUUUUAAUUGCAAUUUGGAUUUUUUAAUUUGUUAAUAGUAAUAAAAAGUAUUUAUAUAUUUAUCAAAUAAAAGAUUCAAAAUCACAAAAACUUAUAGUUUAUUUUAUAUUUCUUCAUCUAUGUAGCUUUUUGGUAUUUUUCUUAUAAUGAAUUAAGUUUAAAUUCUUUAAAAUAUGUUAAUUUGUAUAUUACUAUUAGUUGACACAGGCUGUCAAAUUUUUUUCACAUAAUAUCGAUCUUUUUGUUGGGAGUUUAAGUUUGUUUGACUUAAAAACAAGCAUUCAUGUUAUUUUUAAAUUUUGAUUCUAAGGCUAGACUGGCAAAACUAAAAACAAGUGAAAGAUAUAAGCUGAAAUACAUUUGCAUUUGUUGGAGAAUACAACAAAAAGCAUUGGUUGAGUAAUUUGAAGUCGUUAUCAUCAACAAAACCAGAAAUUAAAAUUAAUUCAAUAAACUAACAAAUAAUCUUCAACACUAUGGGAGUUGUAAAAGGAAAUCAACAGAAAGAGGGUCACAAUAUUUUCAAAUUGGCCACAGUAGCCUGUUUAUUUGUUGCAAUGCUCUUCCAUUUAAUUGCCAUUGCCUCGCCGAACUGGGCAUCAGCUGACCUGACGAGAACUGACCGAGCAGAACAUAUCGGACUAUGGAAGUUCUGCACAUACCCCUACGGUGGAGGCGAGACAUGCUAUGAUUUUGUGGACAUCAUAUAUGGAGACUGGUUGAAAGCAGCUCAAUCGUUCAUGAUAAUUUCCUUAUUCACACUGCCUGCUGCUCUCGGUCUCAGUUUGAUAGUGGCGUUCGUAUCUGGACUGGAAGACGACAUGAGGCUCAUUGGUGUACAACUUGCUGUCAUUGGAAUUACGGAUUCGGAGAAAUUAACAACCCACAUUGACAUUGUGGCCAUCACUGAAACAUGGUUUAAUGAUAUUACGGAAGGACUGUUCACCUUGACAUGUGUCUGCUCAUUUGGUGAUCGAUUCCAGGAAUAUUUUAACAAUAAGGAGCCUCUAUGGAAGGAGGAGGGCAACAUUGGAGUGCUGGGUUGGGGGUUCGGGUUGGCAGUCACUGACAUGUUUCUCACAUUUAUUGCUCUCGGGUGUGGCGUGGCUGCAAUCAUUUGAAAUGUUCUGAAAAGUUCUGCUCUACCCUGGAUUGAUCAAUAAAUUUUUGUUUCAUGGAGUAUAUGAAUGAAUGAGUUUAUAUUUUAAUGAUAAAUUGGAUUAUUGAAUAAAUUAAAAUUUCAUGAAAAUAUUUUUAAAAUUUGUCUAGUUCAUAUAAUUAUUUGUCAUUUUUAUUGUGCCUACUGAUAUGACAAAAAAUCUCAUCUUAUAAGCUCUUACUCAUCACCAGUGUUUUAUAUAAGUGUUCAAUUUUAGUGUAAUGUUGUUCCUAUUUUUACAUUUGCGCAAGUUACUUUAUCAGUUUGCUUGCACACACAUACUUUUUGUAAAUGUGCAUUGUACAUUAGUAUGUAUGCGUGAAUGUUUUCACAAAUUACAUACUUAUAAAUGAUGACAAUAGUAAGCAAAAUAAUUUGACAUGUCAUUUUUAAUGUUUCAUUUUUUUCUGAAAUUUUUAAUAUUUUGAUAAUCAUUUAAAAUUUAAAUCGAAAGAAUAUUUUUAAAAUUUGCUUUCGGUUUUGAUAUCUACAAAUACAGGCCACCGGAUCUUCAGGACGGAAAUCAGUGCUACAUGGCUGCAGAGUUUUUUUUUGUUUUGGUUAUAAUAUUUUGAAGACAAUCUAUUUUAAUAAAAUUUUGGAUCGAAA